ACAAGGUUAAGUUGUGACUAUAAACGAAACUAUAAAAUUUCUUGAAUACUCCUAGUGCAAAGAAAGUAAUUGAAGAGAAUUUGUUUUACAAAAAUUGACGAAGACGAAAAAAACAAGUGAACAUGUUUAAGAACACUUUUCAAAGUGGAUUUUUAUCAAUUUUGUAUAGCAUUGGUAGCAAGCCAUUACAAAUUUGGGAUAAAAAAGUAAGAAAUGGACACAUAAAACGAAUUACAGAUAAUGAUAUACAAAGUUUAGUAUUGGAAAUAUUGGGCAGUAAUGUCAGUACCACAUAUAUCACUUGUCCGGCUGACCCCAGAAAAACUUUAGGCAUAAAGUUGCCAUUUCUAGUGAUGAUAAUCAAGAACUUAAAAAAAUAUUUCACAUUUGAAGUUCAGGUAAUUGAUGACAAGAAUGUACGCCGUAGAUUUCGUGCUAGUAAUUAUCAAUCUACAACUAGAGUAAAACCUUUUAUUUGUACAAUGCCAAUGAGAUUGGACGAUGGAUGGAAUCAGAUUCAAUUCAAUUUAGCUGAUUUCACCAGACGUGCAUAUGGGACAAAUUAUGUGGAAACAUUAAGGGUUCAAAUUCAUGCAAACUGUAGAAUAAGAAGAGUAUACUUUUCUGAUAGACUUUAUUCAGAAGAUGAAUUACCAGCUGAAUUUAAGUUAUUCUUGCCAAUUCAGAAUAAGGCAAAAUGUUAAGUUAGUUCUAAUUUCAUAACACCCCAUAAAAUGUUUAAGAAAACACAAGAAUA